GAGUGGAGAAACAAAACAAAAACAAACAAACCGCACCAGACUCUGUCACUAUUACUCCUAUUGUCGCGAGCUCCUCCUUCUCUCUUUCUAGAUCUUCUUACCCCCUGCAACUUCUUUCGAUCAGCCUUUCAGCUUGAGUUCUACGCAGAAAAGAUCCAUUUUCAUUCUUCUUCUUCUUCUUCUAUAUUCCAAAGGUUUUUGAUUUCUACAGAUGAUUGUUUGUAUCUCUCCCUCGAGUAAAUUGCGAUACUUCUUUUUUCAGUUUUUGUAAGAGAAGAGGAACGAGGGUUGUAGAGACACAACUCAAAACUAAUAGUGGGAAGAAUCAAAGAUGCCGUGGACAUCCUUCUUCAUGUUUUUCAACAGGACUUGCACUCGUCUCGUUGUCUUUUUCCUCGUUAUUCUGUAAAUUUCCUUCCUUUUCAGGCCUUGUUUUUUUUUCCGGGAAUAGCUAGCUCUCUGUUGUUGUGACUAUUUUAGUGUUUGAGAAUGUGCAUUGUUGGUAACAAGAAGGGAAACAGAUCAUUGAAGGAAAUAGGAACUUUUAUGAUGACUGCAUGUUUCAUUGCUAAUUACCAAUCCGUUCAAGUUUGUCAGGCAGAAUAUUUCAGACAGUUACUUAAGCCUGUAACGUAGUCUGGUUCUAGAGAUUCCGGAAAUUGGGUGGAAAAGAGUUAUUUUGUAUUCUGAAGACGUCUGAAUUAAGCAGCUCGCAGUUUUCUUGAAGGGUGUAGGACUUGUUUUUUUUUUCUUUUUCACAUUUUACCUCUUAGCACGGCGGGCAUUCUCUAAUGCAGAACAAUCAGUAUCCCUACUUCUCCGACGAAAUGGGAGACGGAAACAUGAACAAUGUCCCGUCGUAUGCAACAGCGUCAUCCUAUGAUGCUUUGUUCCCACCAUGUGCCAAGUUACCAUUCCAUGGUGUUGAACUUCAACCCUCUUCGGUCUGUCCUAAGAACUUUGUCGUUUUCCACCAGACGUAUGACCACCGCAGCAGCCAAGUGAUGUACCAUCCUGAGCUGACACCUAGGCUCGUGAAUUCCGGGUUAGCUUCCAUGUUUCAGAACGAGUACGUUGCGGGAGGUUACGGUAACUAUGACCAACAAGAAGAAGAAGUAUCAUCCUCUUCUCACCAAGAAGAUCCUAAUGAGAUUGAUGCCCUCUUGAGCACAGAUGAAGAUGAUGAUUAUGAAAAUGAGGAUGGAGAAGAGGUCAGCAGCACUGCUCGUAACUCUUUCAGGGAGUAUGGGAAUACAUCAGCUGAAUCGUGUUGCUCCAGCUAUGGCUAUAAUAAUAGCUCAAGAAGGAAGCAUAGUUUAUCUGGGAGUGCUAGUAGUUGUAACAAUGAAGGGAAAGGAAGGAGAAAGAUGAAGAAGAUGAUGGGAGUGCUGAGGAGAAUAGUCCCGGGAGGAGAAGAGAUGAAUACAGCUUCUGUGCUUGAUGAAGCUGUUCAGUACCUCAAGUCACUUAAACUCGAAGCUCAGAAACUUGGCGUUGGACAUUUCUCAAACCAGUCUUGAAUGCUUUUCGAUAUUCCUUGGAAGUAACGCCGUCCAGCGCUAUCUGGACUGGACCACACACUCUCUCUCUUUGUAUGGUUGUAUGGCAGGGAUGGGAUCUUAUAAUAUAGUAUGUUGGAUCUCUCUCUAUAUAUGCUAUUAAGUUGUACCUGUGGAUUUGGUUUGAGUUUUGGUAAAUUUCACCGUAAUCAUAUCUGUAGCCAAGAAUUGUUAUGGAUUGUGAUUUGCUUUGUAACUU